UAUUAUUCUCAUUCUAUAGGAAUUUCUUCUCUCUUUUUCGCAACAUUUAUAUACGUACACAGCUUGUGACUCAUCUGUUUCUAAUAUAUAAACCUGUAUUUUAGUUUGUUUAUUUCCCUUUUCUCUCUUUCUCUUUCUUCUUUAACUUAGCAAUUGAUCCAUCAAUUACAUUUUUAAAAUGGACCUUAAUUUUUGUCUUUAUUGUGAAAAACAUUUGCCUGAAGAGAACAUGAGCUUUUGUUCCUCGAUUUGCCAAGCAAGGGAAGCUUCUAAGCCUAUUACUUCUCCAGAUUUUUAUCCUUCUCGGCUCUAUAUGAUGGGCUCUCGAUCAACAACUACAACCAAUUACGAGUCUAUAUACCAUCGAUGUCUUUCAUUCUCAAAUAAUUCAUUUCAUUGUCAACCACUAUCAUCUUCAUCGUCAUCUUCGAGUUCGUCUUCCAUUAGUAGUAAUAACUCUUCAUAUAUAUUGGACAAAAUACCUUAUUCAUGUCAUAUUUCAUUAUCUCAGCACACCAGACAUCCUCAUUCCCAAUCAAAUCAACAAAAUGUAUAUACAAACUGCUUUUUUAUUUAAAGAAAAAAAAAUCAUGAGUUUUAUUAUAAUUAAACUUUUUUUUUAUAAAACAUGACUUGAGCACCAAACUUUAUAUUUA